AUGGCGCUGGAUCCGCGCUUCUAUCGCCACCUCGACCAGAGCCCAGGGCCUGGCUCGAUCUCCUCCGCCACAUCUUCCGAUCUCUCGGCCCUCACAGGCAUCACCUCGCCCAGCGUGGUCUCGACCUCCGCCUCUGCCGCCGCCCUCCGAUCCAACGCCUCCAGCCCCUCCCUUCGCGCCCGAGAAAGCGGCGUCGCAACCCGCCAAGAUGGAGCAGCCAGUCCGUCGCCUGGAGGAAACGUGCGCGUCGUCGUGCGCGUUCGGAAGUUCCUACCCAGAGAGAUUGAGCGCAAUGCCGAAUGUCUGAUCGAAAUGGACCCGCAUACGCAAAUGACCAAGCUGAAAGCGCCGAAGCCCAGCAUACGCGACCAGGGAAAGCCGAAGUCGCAGGCUCGUGGCAAGAUUCUCGAGGACAAGAACUUCACUUUCGACAAUUCGUUCUGGUCGCACAACGAGGAAGAUGAUCACUACGCGCACCAGGAGGAUGUCUACAAUUGUCUCGGCGAGGAGUUCUUGGACCACAAUUUUGAGGGCUAUCACACUUGUAUCUUCGCGUACGGCCAGACGGGCUCGGGAAAGAGUUACACGAUGAUGGGCACGCCAGAGCAACCGGGUUUGAUUCCUCGGACGUGCGAGGAUUUAUUCCAGCGUAUUGAGGACUCGCCGUCCCCGGAUGUGAGCUACAAUGUUCGAGUAUCCUACUUUGAAGUCUACAAUGAGCAUGUACGCGAUCUGCUGGUCCCACGGACAGACCCGCCACACUACCUUCGCAUUCGAGAGUCGCCAUCAGAGGGACCAUAUGUGAAAGAUUUGACCGAGCUCACAGUAAGGAAUUUCGCAGAGCUAAUGAAAAACAUGCGCAAGGGUGAUAUGUCUCGGACGACGGCGAGCACGAAGAUGAAUGAUACCUCCUCACGAUCGCAUGCUGUCUUUACCAUCACGCUCAAGCAGAUCCACCAUGAUCUAUCAUCGGACGAGACUACAGAGCGGACCGCCCGUAUUCGGCUCGUUGACCUUGCAGGUUCCGAACGAGCUAAGUCGACCGAAGCAACUGGGGCUCGGCUGCGCGAAGGCUCGAACAUCAACAAGUCACUCACCACCUUGGGCCGUGUCAUUGCGGCGUUGGCAGACCCGAAGAAGAGUCGCGGCGGAAGAAAGGGCAAAGAAUUGGUCCCCUAUCGUGACUCCAUCCUUACUUGGUUGCUGAAGGACAGCCUCGGCGGUAAUUCGAAGACGGCAAUGAUUGCAUGUAUUGCCCCUGCCGACUACGAAGAAACGCUUUCCACUUUGAGAUACGCCGACCAGGCGAAGCACAUCCGCACUCGAGCCCGUGUCAAUCAAGAUCAUGUGUCCGCCGCGGAGCGUGACCAGCAGAUCGCGGAAAUGGCGGAAACGAUCCGUAACUUGCAGCUCAGUGUGAGCCAGGCAACGGAAACCCAGCGUGCUACCGAAGCCCAGAAUGAGAAGCUGGAUGAAUACCAGCAGCAGGUGGCGACCAUGCAACGUUUGAUGGAAGAAACGAAGAUGGUCAGCGAAUGCAAGAUCCGCCAAUUACAGACAGAGAACGAGUCCCUGCGACGACACCUCAAGCUUGCUUUGGAUAGUCUGAAAAAUCCGAUCCCUCCUGUCAACGUUGAAAAGCGUGACCGAGCCAGUCUUGCAUCAACGACAGGGGCAGAGAACAUGGCCCCAGGAGAAAGCUGCAGCCGGGAGGGCUCGCCGGUCGGUGCAUUUGGCACCCCCUCCCCUGAGCUUGAUUCAGGGGUUUGGGAAGACGAGGACGAAGACGAGGAGGACGACAACACCGUAGAUUGGGAUGCGAGCCAAGAUGUCCAGAUGCAAUCCCGUAUGGAAGACCUCUUGGGAGAGUUGAGUAUGUUCAAGCGCAAGCUAGCCACAGAUCAUGAACGAUGGAAGCCUUCUGAGCAAGCCAUGAAUCGCAAGCGACGGGUGUUGGGAAACAUUCCUGCCAAUAUUCGCUAA